UAAAUUUGGAUUCCAAAAGUGUUGUAAGAAUGUUGCGGGUUGUUUGGGGACUUGGGACUGUGAGAAACACUUUCGUUCCAAGCUGAGUGUGAUGGCUGCAACUGCAUUGACUUUAACGUUGAAAUCAGCGUGGGCUUUAAACCCUAAAUUGAUACACCACCGUUGCUCCUCCCCUAACCUUCGUUUCGCUCCUCCUCGCAUUCUCGCCCCUUCCUUUCUCGCUCUCGCAGCUCGGCGUGAAAGAGAAGGGGGCAAGGGCGAUCGCACCAUCGAAUCGUGGAAACAAGCUCUCGACGCCUUCCGAGAAGAGGCCUCGAAGGCGAUUCUGGUGUUGAAGGACGCGACGGAAGAGCUGAGAGUGACGGCCGAGGAAAUCGUCGAGAAUUCGCCUGAGGUCAAGGAAAUCGUUCAAACAUUCGCCUCUCCCGAUCACGACCUCGCCCAAAUUUCUCAAUUGCGCGAUUUCUACGUCGGUAUACCUUACGGUUUGGUGCUUUCUUUAGGGGGAUUUGUUUCCUUCAUGGUGACAGGAAGCAUUGCGGCGCUGAGGUUUGGGAUAGUGUUAGGCGGUGUCCUUUUGGCUCUAAGCGUUUCAAGUCUCAGGUCAUAUAAAAGAGGACAAUCAUCUUCUAUAAUGCUGAAAGGCCAAACCGCAAUAGCUACUAUAUUGUUUUUGCGGGAGAUAAGAUUGCUAGCUGCGGAGGGGUCACCACUUGUAACUUAUUUCACUGCCUUGAUCAGUGGUGCAGUAGUGGCAUUUUAUGUCUACAGAUUGGUACUCGAACAUAAACAACAAAAUGCCUCGAACUUAGAAAGUGGUACAGAAAAUUAGUUUUGUCGUACAAAGCUAGCCUAUUAAAGUUCAAGAGUAUUGUAUUCUUUCCGAAACAACAUAUAAGAAAAAAAUCAUGUCUUUUCAUCAAAGGAACAUUUUUGUAAUAUCUGUCACUGUAAUUGAUUUCUAUUUGGCAAAAGUUGAUUAUUUUAAGAUGGUCAAAUAUUGGUUUAUUUACGGCAACUUUUCAAUUGUUAAACC